CACAUUUGGUCGCCUCGGAUCCGACGGGACCAGUCGCUUGGAAUGCUGUCGAGUCUACUUGUUUGUCUUUCUCUACAAUACAUUGUCUCUGCGAGCUUGACGAGCUACAGCUGAUCAUGUCUCGUAUCCCAUCCGCCGAGCUCAUCAAGCACUAUGAAUAUGAUCCGUCCACCGUGGAGCGUAUCGCGCAUCGGCGAAUACCGAUGGGUGAAAUCACCAUCAGCGAGUACGAUCCAGAAUGGCCAGCGCGAUUCGAAGAGCACAAAACGCUCAUUGUCAAUGCUGUUAGCGACCGUAUUAUAUCUAUAGCUCAUACUGGCUCGACCAGUAUUCCCGGAUGCCCUGCUAAACCCAUCAUCGAUAUCGACUUGGUCGUCAAGGAUAUUCAUGACGAGUCGAGCUAUAUCCCUCAGCUGGAGAAAGCGGGGUAUCGGUUCUUAUUGCGUGAACCUCGAUGGAUGGAACAUCGAUACUUGGUACAUGAUGUGGAAACCAUGUUCCCAUGUCAGAUCCACGUAUUCCCCGAUAACGUUGCAGAGCCUGAGCGACAUAGGAUAUUUAGAGAAUGGCUAAAGAGUCAUCCAGAGGACUUGGAACGAUACGCCAAUGUGAAGAGGCAGUCGGCUGAGGAGGCUAAUGCUCAUGGAGAGGAUCAGAUGGGAUACAACCAGAGGAAAGAGUACAUCAUUCGAGAAAUCCUCGACAGGGCUUUCAAAAGCUUGGGCCAUACUUAGGAAUCUGUGAUGUUGGGUGGCAGCAAUCGGAUCGUGGCAAGUGUUAUGGACAGAGAGAAGUGGGCCUCUAGUAUCGUUCUAGAGUCUCGCAGCAUGAUACCAAUGAGCUGCACACGAGGUGUCUGCCAUCUAUAGACUCACUGCCACAGAGGCGAGCCCCUUUAACCGGCUUAACGCGCGGGGAUGGUCACAUCGUCAUUCCCUCUCUAUCUGAUCUCAUUCAUCCCUUGCAUCCAUUACAUCCACUUCAUCUUU